AUGGCCACACCGCAAUUGGCCACGCUGCGACAGUGGCUCGAGGACAAUGGUGGCCAGCUCCAUGCAGGCAUUGCCCUGGACAGCAGUCAGCAGGCCGGCGUCCACCUACGAGCUAUCUUGGAUCUGGCACCCGAGACGCGAAUAUGCACCGUCCCAAACGCCCUGGCGCUGUCUAGUCUCAAUGCUCUGGUUGAUGACGACUUCACCGUAUUCCGCCAUCGUGGCUUGCCAGUCGAGGGCAUCGGGUACUUCUACCUCAUGUAUCAGUACAUCCGGAAAGAACAGUCGUUUUGGAAGCCGUACCUUGACACCCUCCCCGGCCCGGACGUAGACCAUGGCACGCCAGUGUGGUUCGAUGAACCUGACACACAAUGGCUGGCAGAGACAGACGUACUGCACACAUCUCAUGUCCGUCUUGAGAAUUAUCAAAACAUCUACAACCAAGGCAUAGCUGCGCUGCAAGGAGCAAACAUCGAUACAGAGCCAUAUACCUGGCAUUUGUUCAAAUGGGCCAUCACCAUGUACAGUUCUCGGUCUUUCUCCUCGCAAGCUUUGCGGCCCCAGGACAGCAAGUACUGGACGGCGUACAAGUACGACAACCAUGGGCGAAGACAGACUGCUCUGUUGGAUAUGUCAAAUGCGUCUGCCGAAGAGCUUGACUUUCCUGUGCUGUUUCCCGUAGCAGACAUUCCCAAUCACGGAUACGAUACGAAAGUACAAUGGACGUUCGAUUCGGGCCGCUUCAGUAUCGACGUCAAGGAUGGUAUAAGCUUUGGAAGCGAAGUGUUCAACAAUUACGGACCAAAAAGCAACGACGAACUCCUCCUCGGCUACGGUUUCUGCGUUCAGGACAAUCCAUUCGAUAAGGUAUUGCUACGACUGAGACCGCCUCCUGAAGACUUGCAACGAGACCUUCGAAACGUUCAAGCGGGCUACUUCACAUCAGACGGAGAGUGGAACAGCGAAAAAGCAACGUUCGCCUUGCAGAAGCUAGAAAGCAAGCCAGGCGCAGAGCAUGAAGUACUCAAUCGCCUCCCAGACCCAUUGCUGGAACUCAUGAUCUACAUGCUGCGUCAAGAACGUGGCCUCCCAUUCAAAUUCGUGGAGAAUCCUCUAGACUUCAUCAUGGGCAGCAACGGCGCCGGCCUCCAAUACCGCCCUCACAUCGCCCGACUCAUAGUAGAGUCCACCCUCCCGAAACUCACCCGCCUCAACUCAACAACACCCACCGAACCACCGCAAAACCUCAAACAACACUACGCCCAAAUCUACCGCGGCAGCCAACUCUCCAUCCUCCAAUCCGUCACCGGCGCCCUGAGAGACUACCUCCGCUCGCUCGUCAAAUGGGACAAACCCCCCAUCGCCGGCCCCAACGCGACCCCCAUGAUCGUCACAAUGGAAGGCCUCUCCGCGCUACUCGCCACGCGGAACCAGCAACACUCCAUCGACUUCAUCGCGGGCAUCGAAGCCAACGCCGGCUCGCGCGACCUCGACAUCCUCCGCGACGCCGGCUGGGAAGACGACAUGUUCGUCCUCCUCCUCUGCUUCGUCUACUCGUGCUGCGAAUUCGACGCCGACUCCUACCCGGAGUACCUCCUCCACCCGAGCGAGGGCAGGUCGUACGAGGAGUUGGAGUAUACCCAGGACGAGCUGGAGCAGGCCGCGAGCGCGAUGGAGAUUGUGUCGACGGCGAGGGAGGCGUGUCCGGGGAGUUUCUGGGCGGAUCGGAGGUGGAGCGCGAAGUUCGUGGCUGGCUUGGGGGGACGCGUGUUUCGGUAUGAGUGUUUUACGAUGAUGUUGCCGACGAGUAGUGAGGGUGGGGAUGCGAGGUUGGUGAUUUAUCUGUAUCCUAAGGCGGCGUGA